AUGCAGGGGCAACGAAAGGAGUUUUCAGGGCGCAGCCUCUCCUCACCUGGCUUCGCUGAAGGGGAGAUACUAGCGAGCGAAAUCGCGCUCAGCUUCUGGGGAGGCGUGAGCCCUCCGACUGGCAUUGUGAUUGAUAGCCACCACCCUCUAGCAGGGAAAUCGAUAAAAGGAAAAGUGCUCGCAAUACCAGGUGGCCGUGGAUCAUGCACUGGAAGCGCGGUCAUCCUCGAGCUGUUCCUGAGUGGAAGCAACCCCCACGCACUCAUAUUCAAACGCGAGGAAAUGAUAUUGACGCUGGGUGUCAUCAUUGCACAGGAAAUGUUUCAAAAAACCAUCCCUGUACUUCAAGUUUGCGAAGCAACAUUUGACACGAUCAUGCACCUCAAAAGAGUGCAGAUCGUGGGAGAUCACAUUAAAGCAAUUGAUGAGCCAUGCCUACAGCCUGAAAUACCGUCUAGUCCAUCAAGUCUUGAGCCAGACUUUUCCUCAAUCACACUGACCAAGCUUGAUCGCGAGAUGUUGAACGGGGUACAUGGAAGAGCGCCUCAAUUCGCGAUGAGAGUGAUUCUUCGCACAGCCUUGAUCCAAGGCGUCACUGAAUUAAUCGAUAUCAAACAAGCGCAUAUUGACUGCUGCAUCUACACCGGCCCAGCAGUAUUGAAGUUUGCCCAAACCCUAUGCGAAUGGGGCGCGAAGGUUCGCGUGCCCACUACGUUGAACUCGAUUUCAAUCGACAGGCGACUAUGGCGAGUACAAGGCGUUGACCCCAAAAUCGCCGAGCCGUCCGAGCUAUUAGCACAGACAUAUCUGGACAUCGGAGCGAAAGCAAGCUUCACCUGUGCACCCUAUCAACUGGAAAGCGCACCAAGCUUUGGCGAUAACAUCAUGUGGGCCGAGUCGAAUGCUGUAGUCUAUGCCAACAGCGUUCUCGGUGCCCGUACGAUCAAAUGUCCCGAUUUCCUCGACGUUUGCGUUGCGCUAACUGGCCGAUCUCUCAAUACCGGGUGUCAUCUCACACAGCACCGAAAAGCUGGCAUCGAAAUUCACUGCAAUGCGAUCGAGGGGUCUGAUGAUGCGUUCUUCCCGCUUCUGGGCUACCGUGUUGGUGACAUUGCUGCGGAUAGAAUCGCGAUUGUGACGGGUCUCGAGGAGACCGUGAUCACGACUUCGGAUCUCAAAGCUUUCGGAGCGGCGUUUGCUACUACCUCUAGUGCGCCGAUGUUUCAUAUCGCAGGUAUCACCAUUGAAGCUCGAAGUGCUGAGAGUGUAGAUGCACAUCUUCAAGGAAUUCCAGAGGUCGAAGUGACACGCUCAGACUUGGCCAGACAAUGGCAGCUGUUCAAUGCUAGUGGAGUGGAGCAUGAUACGCAAAUCGACCUGAUCUCACUUGGAAAUCCUCACUUCUCAUAUGAGGAAAUGAGAACCCUUGCAGAUCUUGUUAGGGACCGCACCAAGGACCCUUCUACUGUCUUGGUGGUGGCAUGCAAUCGCGAGAUCUAUUCCCAAGCCUACAAAGAUGGAUUCAUCUCAGCUGUGGAAGAGUUUGGAGGAACGAUAAUUACCGAUAGUUGUUGGUGCAUGAUCCAAGAGCCUAUUAUCCCUAGAGACUCUCGGACAAUCAUGACCAACUCAGCCAAGUAUGCUCAUUAUGGCGCAGGACUGACUGGCCGACGGAUGCGUUUCGGGGGAUUAGUUGAAUGUGUUGAGGCUGCUCGUACGGGACGAGUCAGGAAUUGUCUCCCCGCGUGGCUGGACGAAACAGCAUAG